CGGGGCAACCACGUCCUGCUCACCAUACUUUAGCGCGCUGAAGCGGCGCGAGAAUGGCAGGGACGACCGUGAAAAGGGAAACGACGUUGGGAAGUGUCAUGAAAGGAGGGGGGAGCGUAACCAGUACGCUGAGGCUGGGAGGAGGAAGUGGGUUGAAGAGGGGCCGACAUCCGCGGAUGGGCCCUGGCGGCCUCGUAAGUCUGCGGGGCCGAUGUGAAGUGAUACUCGAGGGGAAUGCCUGGCCCGUGGCGGUCGUCGCGCUAGGAGCGUGGACGGUCACCAGGAUGGUGGGGUCAGGGGCAGCGGAGGAGGAAGCUCCACCGUGGCCACCAUGUCGGAGGAUGGGGACCCGGACUGGGAGCCAGGAGACGAGAGAGAGUUGGGAGAGGAAGGACGGGCAGCGUCUUGGAGUUGCCGCAUGCCAGCGGCAAGAGUCGUCACCUGCGGAUGUAAGGGGGCAAGGGUCGCCAGUUGCGCCUGGAUGGGCGCGAGGCGGGAGUUUCCACUGCUCCAGUUUGCACUGCUGCAGUGUCCACUGUUCCACUGCUGCCGUUUCCACUGCUCCAGUUUGCACUGCUGCAGUGUCCACUGUUGCGGUCUCCACUGCUGCAGUGUCGAAUGCUGCAGUUUCCAUUGGUCCAGAACCCCUGAAAACACAGUUAUAUUCCCAAACAAAGGAAGAGGGAAUGACUUACGAGAAGUUCAGCAAGAUCGCAGUGGAUCAUGCUGGUUUUCUGCAGGAGGCACAAUAUUGCCAUUAUUGGAAGGACCUGCAAGCCGGUAAGAAAUGGAAAGAUCAAACGAUCUCAGGGAAUAUAGUAGGAAAAGACAAUCUUCUGGUCACCUUCGAAGGAGGGUUAGAAUCACUCACCUCUGACCAGAUAGACUACGGAUUAGAAGAAGAUAGCAACAAUCACUUAGCCCAGGGAGGGGACUAUGCGGCGGUGCUGCCCGCAGGGGAGGACGACAGGGAGGACGAGGCCGUGGUAGAGGAAGAGGAGGUCGCGACCGAGGUGGAGGAAGAGGACCCGCCGCCCAGAGGGGUAGUGGCGAAGUGGGAAGAGUACUGCCCCCUCCGAGGCCGAGCAGGCCCGGAUUGCUGCCCUUUUGAGAGAGAAAGAGGAGAGAAGGAGCUCCUUAAGCAGGCGAAGUUAAAGGCCACUGAGGAGCAGGCGAUGAAGAAGAAGAGAUUGGAGGAGGAGAUGUUGAGAUUUCAAAAGGAGAAGAUGAUGUUGCUAGAGAGAGAGGAGGAGGAAAGAAGGGCUGCAGAGGAAGAAGCAGCAGCAGAGGAGGAGGAAGAAGAAGAAGAAGAGCCCCUUGAAAGAAGACGUGGAGAAGAGAGAGGGGAAGUAAGUGGCACGAAGGAGGAGGACAGAUGGAGGGAGAAGAAGAUUAGUGAAUGGGUGGUUAACUUAUCUUUUGGAGAAGAUGAACAGGCACAAUUAUAUGUGCCGCAGGAGGAGAGGGAGGCGUUUGCCAGGGCCCUGGAGCUGAUAGAGGAUCCCCUGGAACGCCAGGCGAUAGAGGGUGAGAAAAAGAUUGAGUGGAAGUUGAAGAUGAUGAGAGAAAAGAAGAGGAGGAGCCGGUACUACUACUCCAGCGAGCCGUUAAAAGAAUCUGAUGAAGAACUGGAUACGUUCAUCGCCAAGUUGGCCACUAUUAAAGACACCGUUGAACGAAACCUGAUGUUGGAGGAGAAACGGGCUGAGCUAAAUCGCAGGCUGUUGGCCGCUAGACGGCAAGAGGUGGAAGACAAGAAAAGAUUGCAGGCAAAAGGGGAUAAAUUGCAGAAAGCUCUAGAAGCGCAAAAGGAAAACCCCUCUGCAGCUGAAGCACAACUUGCACUCCUCAGGGAGGCCGUCCUCAACACGAGGCAAGACAUGGAGUUAAUGCGGCAGACCUUGCAACGUGUAGAAACACAUCGGGUUGAAUUUGAGAAUGUCUGGAAUAACUUCGUAGAAAAGUCAGCAAAGGACGUUGACCAACAUGUGCAAACUUACAUCCAGGCUUUGGACGAACAUAUUAAUAAAGUCUUCACCCCGGAGGUCGUAGAGAAGAUUGUGAAGGGAGCUGGAGGCGACGGAGGAGAUGGAGAUGGUGAUGACAAUGAUGACAAGAAAAGCAACCAGGGAUUUUGUUUCUGGAGGGCUUGGCCGAAAUCCCGGUCGACUGUUCCAGUCAUGGCAACCUUUGCUGAAGGCAGGAAUGAAGAGGCUUUGUUGGCUGAACUCCUUGGUGAUGGAGGAGACAGACGUGCUUAUUUGAUUGGUUGCCGAUUGGCGAGUGACAUUAACUGUUGUAUCCCAGCUGCAGAGCGGAACACAAUGUACGGUCAGUUGUAUGAGUUGAUGGGCAAGUAUGGGCUUGCGAUUGGAUUGGAGCUGUCGCAUGAUCGCUCAAAGACAGCAAUGGACCUUCUGAGAAAAUUGAGAAAGGAUUUUUCCCAUCCUCAUCAGGGGAAUACUACUGUUAACUUUACUCGAAGAGGGAACUUGAGAAACAAAGAAGAACAUGGUAGCAAUGAAAAUGACGGAAAUAAGUCCGUUAGGGAUGGAACCAAUGUACAGUCAUCAGGAGUGGAUGAGUGCAUCCGCCAAGCUCACAGUGCAAGGAUAUCCCAGGCAUUAGGGUGUCCAGAAGUAUCCCCAAGAAGUCAGCCAAGCAAGGAUACAUAUCAGUUCGUGGUUUCACAAUUGAACUUCAAAAACCGGGCAAGAGCAUAUGAGAUCUUUGUCUUAGGAGGUCCAGAAUGUCUGGACGGUGUCUUCAGGCUGCUUCUGCAACACAAGACAUCAGACCAAACUAGCAUGGUGGCAACUGCACGGCAUUUGUCAGAGUGGAUUGGUGCAAGAGUUGCAGACAUGGGAGGUGUUAGGGCCUUGGAGUUGGCUGCAUUGAUGAGCCUGGCCGCUGACAACAAGAGAAUUCUUUCCAAGGAGAAUUGUGUUGCUGAGAAACACGGCAGCGUGAAUGGGCCUGGACCUGUAUGGUGGGUUCAUCUGGGAUUUCACAUUGUGGAGAGGAGCGCAUUACUGCAUCAGCUGGAGUAUAUUGGUGGUAUACAAUCCCGUGAGGUGUCUCAUGUGUUCCUCCAUCGAUUUGCUAAAGAUUAAUAUAUCAUACAAAUAAACAACAACAAAUCGA